AAAAUAGCGGCGGGGCCAUGGCGGAGCCGGCAGCCCCGGGGCGCCCCGCCGCCCGCUUCCACCGCGUGCACGGCGCCAACGUCCGCCUGGACGCCGCGCGCACCCGCGCCACGCGCGUGGAGAGCUUCGCCAACGCGCUGUGCUUCAGCCAGGAGCCGCUGGCGCCCGGGGAGAUCUUCCUGGUGGAGAUCGAGGAGAAGGAGCCGGGCUGGUGCGGGCACCUGCGCGUGGGGCUGACGGCCCGCGACCCGCAGAGCCUGCCCGCGGUGCCCGAGUACUCGCUGCCCGACCUGGUCGGCCUGGGCGACUCCUGGGUCUUCGCCGUCACCCGCAGCCACAACCGCGUGCCGCCGGACGGCGAGGAGGCGCCGCGGGCGCGGGGCCCGCUCUGGGCGCCCGAGCUGCUGAUCGAGCGGGUGCGCAUCCCCCGCGACAAGCUGGUGGGGCGCAGCCGGCCCGGGCGCUACAGCCACGUCCUGGACGAGCUGUACAGGACCAACGCGCUGCCCCCCACCGCCCGGCGCAGCCGCAUCGGCGUGCUGUACGCCCCGCGGCCCGACGGCACCGCCGACAUGCACAUCGUCAUCAACGGCGAGGACAUGGGGCCCAGCGCCCGCGGCCUGCCCGCCGCCCGCCCGCUCUACGCCGUCGUCGACGUCUUCGCCUCCACCAAGAGCGUCCGGGUGAUCCAGGUGGAAUACGGCUUGCCCUCGCUGCAGACGCUGUGCCGGCUGGUCAUCCAGAAGCACGUCGUGCACCGCCUGGCCAUCGACGGCUUGGACCUGCCCCCGCCGCUGAAGCACUUCUGCAAACACGAGUGAGGUGCCUGCGCCCCGCAGGGACCUUCCUCCAUCACUGGGUACGGCUGGGCUCACGCGCUCGGGGGGCACCGCGGGGCUGAGUGAGCAAUAAACGCCUCCAGCCACA